GCGGUUCACCGGCUGGGGCCACGUGCGACUACAAGUCCCAUCAUGCUCCGCAAGGCCUUGAUCAUCCGGCUUUUGCUGGGAAGGGAGUGGAGGGAACAUGGCUGAAGGCAGCUCGGCUGCCCCAAUGUGCAGUGGGGUGAGCAGCGGGCAGGUCCCGAUCCCUAACAGUGGCAGCUGCAACUUUCCAGAGUAUGAGGUGCCCGAACUAAACACGCGUGCUUUCCACGUGGGCACCUUCGGGGAGCAGUGGCGUGGCCGGCUGCGCGGGCAUGGGGAUUUGUCGCUGAAGGAACCACCGGCAUCCGCGCUGCCUGAGCAAGGAGGGAUCGCCGACUCCGCCUCGGAGGAUGUCGCAGUGGCCCGGGAUCUGGGCUGCAGUAUGGAAGCGGCUGCCGAACUGAGGGCAGUUUGCGGCCUUGAUAAACUGAAGUGCCUUGAGGAAGAGGAGGACCCAGAAGUCAUCCCAGAAAAUACUGACUUAGUGACUUUGGGGGUUAGAAAGAGGCUUUUGGAACAUCGAGAAGAAACAAUAACGAUAGAUCGAGUCUGCAGACAAGAAACAUUUGCAUACGAGAUGGAGUCACGUGCUGUGGGGAAAAAGCCUGAAAAUCCAGCAGACAUGAUAGAAGAAGGGGAACUUAUCCUAUCUGUGAAUAUCUUGUACCCUGUUAUAUUUCAUAAGCACAAGGAACACAAACCAUACCAGACGAUGCUGGUAUUGGGCAGUCAGAAGCUCACGGAACUAAGGGAUUCAAUUUGCUGUGUCAGUGACCUCCAGAUUGGUGGGGAAUUCAGCAAUACGCCUGACCAAGCCCCUGAGCACAUCAGCAAAGACCUAUACAAAUCAGCCUUCUUUUAUUUUGAAGGAACAUUUUACAAUGAUAAAAGGUACCCUGAGUGCAGAGAUUUGAGCAGAACUAUCAUUGAAUGGUCCGAGUCCCAUGACAGAGGUUAUGGAAAGUUUCAGACUGCAAAAAUGGAAGACUUCACCUUCAAUGACUUACAUAUUAAACUGGGUUUUCCUUAUUUAUACUGUCACCAGGGAGACUGUGAACAUGUGAUUGUCAUUACUGACAUAAGGCUUGUGCAUUGUGAUGACUGCUUGGAUAGGAAACUUUAUCCCCUUCUUAUCAAGAAGCAUUGGCUAUGGACCAGAAAAUGUUUUGUCUGUAAAAUGUACACAGCUAGAUGGGUGACGAACAAUGACAGUUUUGCACCAGAUGACCCUUGUUUCUUUUGUGAUGUUUGCUUCCGAAUGCUCCACUAUGAUUCAGAAGGCAACAAACUGGGGGAAUUCCUCGCUUAUCCUUAUGUUGAUCCUGGAACCUUUAAUUAAUAACAGAAUAUGUGCUCUUGUAGGAACAGGACCAAUCUGAAACAAGCAGCUAAAGUUACCUUCAUUCCCCCGACAAAGUUCAAAUUACAAAUUUUCUUACAAAGUAACUUGAUUGUGUUUAAAUGCUUAGAAAUAUAUUUUAGUAUUUAUUACAAAGUAUAGUUCUCAGUGCGUUUUGCCCAUUUUCAAAUCUGUUUAUCUGAGUUGUAGGAAGGCUUUAUGUAUUCUGAAUACAAACCUUUUGUGAGAUAUAUGUAUUGAUUUUCUCCUAAUCUGUGGCUUGCCUAGUUAUUGGGUUCAAUUAAUGAUACAUCAAGUGGUGGGGUACUUUGAAAAUGAGACACUACAUGAAUAAUAAAUAUGAGAUCUUGAGUAUAUACGCAUAGCUUUACAGAAGUAGCAUUUGAAUUGAAGCUUCCUUUUUAAAAAAGAUUUUAUGUAUUUAUUUUUAGAGAGAGGGGAAGGGAAAGAGAGGGAGAGAAACAUCAGUGUGAUCCUGUCUCAGGUGCCCCCCACUGGGGACCUGGCCCACAACCCAGGCAUGUGCCCUCACUGGGAAUCGAACUGGAGACCCUUUGGUUUGCAGGCUGGCACUCAAUCCACUGAGCCGCACCAGCCAGGGCUGAAGCUUCAUUUCUUGACAACUUUUUGUGAAUCACGAAUACUGAGUUUAAAAUGUAUGUCAAUUUAGUAUUUUUAUUAACUAAAUAAUCUCAUGUAAUAUGACUACUGGGACAUGGUAAUUCAAGAUUCUAUGGAUUAUUAGCUCUGACUCACUUAUUCCUGGGCAGUAAUACCCAGUAUUCUCUGUGCAAAAAGAAGAGUUUUUCUGGCUCAACACCUCAUUUUUUUUGGCCCCCUUACUAUAAUUCUCUUCUCUCAUUCUGGGCCAAAGGGCAAGUGUGAUCAAUUCCGAGGUUUAGGCCAUCAGGGAAAAUUAUAGCUACGAUAUCUACUCUGAAAUGUUUUUGGAAAUCUUUUUUUUUUUUGGUGGGAAAUUAAACUGUCCUUUAAAAUUUCAUUUUCUUCUAGGUUACAUUUAUAAAGUCAACUGAAUUCCACACUCCCUGGAUGGGUAAGAACAUUUACCAUAUAAAUCAAAAACUGAUGAAGCCUAUAAGUCUAUAUGUUUAAAAUGUUGACAUUAAAUGUUUUAUGGACUUAAAUGUGACAUGUUCAAUUAAGAACUUCUUUCUAGUAUAUCUAGCACUGUUCUCAUUCACUGAUUCAGUCAAUAUGCUAGAGAAAUCAACAUAAAUAAGUUGUCCCAACAUGGCUGGUUUACGUUAUUCCCUAAAUUUGUACUUUCAUGUUUCCAAUGAUGAUUUAAAAUUCUGUUGGAAACCAGAUUUACCCAAUUCCUCCAAGUUCCUCAGGUAAAAAUGAGUUGAUUUUUAAACUGCAUUCCUUACAGCUUUUACUUUGUAUACAAGCGUCUUUUUUUACUUUUCUUCUUUUUUGUCACUUCAUAUUCUCAAAACAAAAAUUCUGGGAAGUGAAUUAUAGAGGAAGCAUUAAUCCAUGUGUGGUGCCAGUCAGUUUAUUUUAGUGAAUGAAGAUGGUCAGUUAAUACUGAAUUCUUGUUUUAUCAUUUAUUUAGAAUAUUGUCCGGCCGGUUCUUAAGGUAAAUCUUUUCACCAGGAUUACAAGGCUCAGGUAUCUAUUAUCAUUUCCUGGUAAAAUCUAAAAAGCUAACCUAACCAGAUCACUUCCAGAAUUUGCCAGUGCAUUGUAUAUCAGAUACACAGGUGUCACCAAAAGAAACUCCCAGCUUCCAAACAGGCAUAAAAGACAUCUUGUAUCAGGGAUUUUAUAGCUGCAAAUUUCAACAUUAAACAUGACUGACUGAAGUUACAUAUUUUAUCUAAAAAAGCAAAUAUGAAAGCAGGAUGAACUCGAAUUAAUAUCCUCUGUAUUUAGAAAUGAAUUAGACUUUAAUAUAUAGUCAUUCACAGUCUAGAAAAGCAGUGCGUAUUUCCUGAAACAUCUUUUUCAGGCUUCAUUACCUUUUAAGGAUAAUUUGUUCUCCCAAUCGCAUCACAAUGUCUUUACCAAUCUCUAAAGCUGGGGAAUUAGACAGCACAAAUUUGAAUACAUUUCUGCCUAUUUAGCAGGUUCUUUUCUUAAGGUAUAAUCGUGGGCCAGUGUAACAAAGUAAGUUGCUAGUGAAACCUUCAGAGCCCUGUAAAAGCCAUUACUCUUGUAUAAGCCACAUCAUCUCGACCCAGCACCUUCAACCAGGUAAGUGUAUGGGUAUACUACGAUCAAUCUGUUGUCCUACUAUUUGAAACCACACAACAUAAUAGCAAUUAUAAGGCUUAAGGUACUCCAUUCAAGCUGUUUAUACAUAGAAAGUCUGAUUUAGAUUCCCUGAUUUGGAUGGUACUUCUGAAAUUUCUCCCAAGCGGCUGAGAAAACCAACAAUUGAUUCUGCUGAAUCAUGCAUAACUUACUCUUUUAAAAUAUUAUCCAAUGUAAAACAUUAUACAGUGGUUUAAAAAGCAGCAAUGAAAUAGGUGGUGUGUACACAUAUUUUUAAAAAUGUGGGUUUGAGGGCUGAGGCAGUGGUCUUAGCUCUCUCGUUUAAAUUAUCUCUUGAAUGACUUGUCCAGUUCUGUUUUGACCAAAUACACACUUAAAUUCAACCAAUGCUUCUGAACAUUCUUGAUGAUUACGAUUUUCAAGAUAGUUCUGAGGUUUUGUGAAUUAUUGAUGAAGAAAAAUAUCUUGAAAUGAGGGUUCAGAUAGAGGAGGCAACUUGUGUUUUAAUGCCACAUAAUCAGAAGAUUUUGUGAUUCUUGGUAAGCUGUGUAGGCCUGUUGGGUCACAGAAGGAAAGGGAGGAUGGACUAAAAUUAACAUUUCCUUUAUUUUUAUCAUUUUGAGCUUAUUAGUUUCCUAGUCUCUCCAAACAACACAAUCUCUAUGGUGAGGUUAACUCAGAAAUUACUCCCUUGGAAGCCAAGCCAGAAUUCCAACACAUUUUUAUAAAUAGCAAAGAAGUAAUUUACUAGUACAGUUUGAUUAAAAAAAAUUCUUUAAUCAAAACAAGUUUACAUGUUGACACUUAUGGCUUAACAAGAAUAUGUCCAAAUUUUAGUUGUCCUAAGGACCAAACAGAUAUAAUAGGAAGAGUUCCCUCAAAACACUGAGUCCUAGGUUCCAUUGUAAGACCUCUCAAAAUUAAAAUUCCAAUUAUUGAAAUAAUUCAACUUUCCAUCUAUUGAUGAAAACAAAAUUAUCAGAGGUCAAAACAUACAAUCUAUGCCACAUGCAAACACUUGAGUAUUAAAAGUCUUUUUCCCGUAUUCAUAGUUUCAAAACAAACAGUCUUAGCUACCAAAAACCACCAACUGACCUAAUUAUAUGAUCUUAGAAAUACUAUCUGUUACAGUUAGCCUUAACUCUUUUGUGUUAACAUGGGGUCACUCAGAUUUAUUCCAAAUAUGUGAAUAUAACAGACUAUUCAAACCAUUCCUUUACUUUGCCUGCUGCCUCAGAGAAAGCUAAUGUUUGUACUUUUUGCAAUCCUGUCACAUGUACAAUGCAGAAAUAAAAAUUCCCUUCUGAUAUAGCCAUGUUUUUAAAUAGGCUAGUUUCUUUAUAUAGUCUUUACUUUUAUUUACUUCAUAAACAUCAUGGGUUGCUUUCCAAUUAAAAAAAUACUACUUGCUAACUUUCUUAAAUGAGUGUGACUUUUUUAAAAAAUUCGGAAAUGUCCCAAAAAUAAACUUUUAUCACUUAGUUUUCAAUUUCAGCUACUAGUGCCUGUAAAGGACCUUAGAUUGGCUGGACCCGUAGGGCCAGAUUCAUUCCUAUGUACACCAGUUCUGCUCUCCACAAGAAAGUCCUGUGGCUGCUGAAUUCCCAGCCACAGAAUUAAAUUAGUUUCUGAAGUUAACAUGAGUUUUGUAUCUUGUAGAAUUGUCAGUUCAAUGUCAGUUGGGUAUCUAGUUGUCAUACAAAAUGGCAUACAGACCACACACAUUGUUACAAAGCAGCAGGAUAAUGUAGCACAAUGUAGACUGAGGUUAAUUUUAGAUAGAAGGGAAUAAUUUUAUAGAAGUAACAUUUUAUCUUUCAUAAAAAUGUAUAACUUCUACAAAAACCACAAACAGUGAAAAGACAGUCUGGUAAAUCCAAGAUUUGUAAAAACUGCACAAAACCCACAAUAUUUGGGGAAAGAGUAAAGGUUUUAUACAAGUAGCAGUUUUAAAAAUGUAACUUUACUAUCAAUUACACAUUAACAUACACACACUAAUUGAAAAUAUGCUACAACCAAUGUCUGGAAAAGCAGUUCAGCAUUUCCUAAAUGAACCUUCCCUCACAUUUACUGUAUAAUGUAGUUGUUAAUACUGCACAAAGUACACUUAACCAAUAUUUAAUUACUUUUAAACAAAGAUAAAGGGAUUUUCCCCCCAAAACAAGUUUUAAACAUCAAAACCUAUUAUAAAAAUUUAAAACUUUCAACAGUCUAAAUAUCUCAAAUGAAAACCAUUACAAACUUCGCAAAUGUUCUUUAUAUUCCAGGUAUGUCAACUUAGUUAUCUAGCGUAGAAUCCUUCAGAGAUAUUUCGGUCUCCCUCUCUUCACUGGAUGGCCUACAGAAAAGUGGGGGGGGAAAAGGUGUGACAACUGGGAUUAGGGGACAUUUUUCCUCCAGAGAAAAAAAAAGUAUUAAUAUGUGCAUUAUAUGUUUUUUAAAUCACCCAAAUAUUUAGUCAUUAUUUUUCGUUGGAAAUUUAUUUUACUGUGUUCUACCGACUUCCCCAAAUAUAUGCAGAUCAAGCACAGUAACUCAGGGCAAUAUCAUGGCCCAGGCCCUUUCCAUCAUUUCCAGCUUUAAAAUGAAUUCUCUUUAAAAGACUUUACUUUUUAGAGAGAGGGGAAAGGAGAGAAACAUCAAUUGGUUGCCUCUCUCAUGGCCCUCACCAGGGACCUGGCCCACAGAGCCCAGGCUUGUGUUCUGACUGGGAAUCAAACCAGGGACUUUUCAGUUCAUAGGAUGGUACUCAACCCACUGAGCCACACUAGGCAGGGUUAACAUUAAUUCUCUUUAAAGAACUUGAAAAUGUCAAUACCUCUGACACCAGCAUAUUACAAAUCUAAAUGAAGGGAUGAUACACACCAUGCAGGACUUCCCUGAAUUUCAGAAUUACAAGGGAUACUUCAUUCCAAGGCUUAAUAUAUUAAUAUAUAGUGGAACAAACCAAGACUUGGAUAACCAUGGCUCCAUAUCUACAACGGGUAUCAUACUACAAAAUAGCCUGAGAUUCUAGAUCUAAUUUUUAUUAUCCUGUCACAAUUCAAGAAAGUAUGGACAUGAGUGAAAUUAGUCCAAGGAAGAAUAGUUAAUUUUUAAAAACUGGAUUCAGGCCAGCUCUCUAACCUUGAACACAGGCAGAUUAGUUGUAAAUAAUUUUCUUUCAUUUUUGCCUUUUUGAUCUGCAUCUUUUUCCUGAAUUCAGGAACUGAAUGAUCAAAAUAUAAUCCCCUUAUAUUUUGAACCUUGAGACAACAACAUGAUUUAAAAAUCAAACGCACACAUUACGACCCACUGAAACACGUCCUCACUUUUUCUUGCUGCUGGCCUCAUCUUUGCUGUCUUCAUUGCUGUCUCCGUUGUGUUGAGGUUGAUUACUGUCUUGAUCAGAGCCUCCAUUUAGAGUCUUUGAACCUUUGUAAGGAUUCCAAUGGGGGGAGGGGGGACUGUUAGAGCUUCCAAUAAUACUUGUGAAGAUGUCCUCUAAAGUUCACAAUAUACAACAUGAAAUUUCUAAUACUUAAUGUAUUUUAUUUGUAAUCCUUAGGGCAGCUGACGCACAUACUUUAAGAAGCAGGGUUGCUAUAUAUAUAUUUGUGGGCACAGGAAGUAGAUCAUUAUUCUGAUUAUUCCAUUUAUUACUGUUAUCAGCAACAAAAUGACACAACUGUUUGGAGCAUUAUGAUUCAUUGUAUUUCUCAGAAAAAAUGUGAAUCACAGUAAAAUCUUAUAUAUGUCAUUAUUGGUAUUUUAGAAAAUGUAAAAAAAAGUCUUAACAUGAUUUUGUGCCCUGUUAUUAAGAAAAUGAGAGCCUCCAUGUAAAUCUUAUUAACAGAUCUCCCCAUGGACAUGAAAUAAGGGGGAGAAUGCUGGUGGGAGGGGGUAGAGAAGAAUAAAGAGGAGAAAAAUGUGACAGCUGUAACAGCAUAAUCAAUAGAAUAUAUUUUUAAAAAAUUCUCUUAAGGACACAUAUAUAACAUUCCCUAAUACAUGAGU